CUAAACCUUCCUCCCCUCCCUCUCUCUCUCUCUCUCUCUCUCUCUGUCUCGCUCGCACUUUCCAUUUCAUUUCCAAUAAGAACGGCUCGUUUCCCUCGCGCUCCGGCUCUUCCUUUCUUGUUUCUUCUCGCGCUAAACCUCAAAAGGAACCUCCUUUUCUCUCUCUCUCUCUCUCGUCUCGAACUCCACUUUCUCUGUUGGUGCAGCAUUUCCCUUUUCCCUCUUUCCCUUUCUGGGUUCUUUAUUUGUUCGGAGUCUGGUCUCCAUCUCUCCUCCAAGACUGCUUUUUGUUUGGGGGGUUGGUUCUUUUAUGAUUUCGGUAGAUUGAGAUAACUCACUCUGGUCAGGGGGGGAUCCAUGGCUCCGGCGUUCCUCCUCUUCUUGCUUCUGUUUCCGGUCUCUCUUGCUUCCGCAGAUGAAGGAUAAGAUGGUUGGUGCUGUUGGAAUGGGAAACUUGUUUACUAAAGAAGCAGCUUGAAUGGGUCCUUUCAUUGGCGUGAACUUAGGCACUGACCUCUCUGACAUGCCAAGCCCAACACAGGUGGUGGCGCUUCUAAAAGCUCAGAACAUACGACAUGUUAGGCUUUAUGACACCGACCAAGCCAUGCUUCUUGCACUUGCUAACUCUGGCAUCCGCGUCACUGUUGCUGUUCCUAACGACCAGCUACUUGGCAUCGGGCAGUCCAAUGCGACUGCUGCCAAUUGGGUAGCUCGCAAUAUCAUAGCCCAUGUACCUGCCACCAACAUUACCGCCAUCGCUGUGGGGUCUGAAGUCCUAACGACCCUUCAGAAUGCCGCCCCUGUCCUUGUCUCGGCCAUGAAUUUCAUCCACUCGGCGCUUGUCGCUUCGAAUCUCGACGGUCGUAUCAAAGUCUCAACCCCACACUCUUCCUCCAUCAUUAUUGACUCAUUCCCACCUUCUCAAGCAUUCUUUAACCGCACUUGGGAUCCAGUCAUGGUCCCGCUGCUUAAGUUUCUUCAGUCUACUGGAUCAUACAUCAUGCUCAAUGUCUAUCCAUACUAUGACUACAUGCAGUCAAAUGGCGUGAUUCCACUGGACUAUGCCCUCUUCCGUCCUCUUCCUCCGAACAAGGAAGCUGUUGAUUCUAACACGCUCCUCCACUACACUAAUGUGUUUGAUGCUGUCGUUGACGCAGCUUAUUUUUCCAUGUCGUAUCUGAACUUCACCAAUGUCCCCAUUGUGGUGACUGAGUCUGGUUGGCCCUCCAAGGGUGACUCCUCCGAACCGGAUGCAACUCUUGAAAAUGCAAACACUUACAACAGUAACUUGAUCAAGCACGUGCUUAACAAUACAGGAACGCCAAAGCACCCGGGCAUCGCAGUCAGUACAUACAUUUAUGAGCUGUACAAUGAGGAUUUGAGACCGGGCUCUGUAUCUGAGAAGAACUGGGGCCUGUUUGAUGCCAACGGAGCGCCGAUUUAUAUCUUGCACUUGACGGGUGCGGGAAUGGUGUUAGCAAAUGACACAACCAAUCAGACCUUCUGCGUUGCGAAGGAUGGCUCGGACAAGAAGAUGCUCCAAGCGGCAUUGGAUUGGGCCUGUGGUCCCGGAAAAGUAGAUUGCUCACUGUUGUUGCAGGGGCAAGCAUGCUAUGAACCAGACAAUGUUGUUGCACAUGCAACAUAUGCUUUCAAUGCUUAUUACCAAAAGAUGGUGAAAGCUCCAGGCACCUGUGAUUUUAAAGGGGUCGCUACAGUCACCACAACCGAUCCAAGUCAUGGUUCAUGUAUAUUUCCGGGAAGCAUUGGAAGAAAUGGGACUUCUGUAAAUGGUACUAUUCUAGCUCCAUCGUCUAAUUCAACGAGUUCUGGCUGUCCUCCCAAGUAUUUUGCUGAUGUUGGUUCGAUCACAAGCUCGGUGAUCGUCGCCUUUUUGCUCCUGAUGUCGGUUCUCUUGUAAAGUUAUGGACUUGAUACUUGUGCCAUAUUGAUUGAUGCAUUUUUAGAUCUCUCUUUGAAACAUUUGAUUACGAUUCUUCGACGACGAUUUGUGGUCUACCCAAUUUUGUGGUUCAUGAAGUGGAGAUGCGGGUGGGCAAAUCCAGGCAUUUGACUAGCUAGGUGACUCUUCGAUUUUAUUCUGUAAAAGCCAACAAAAGGAAUUGUUGGUGUAACCAUCUUCCUAAAUUCGGUUUUAGAAUUGAUCCUUUGAGAUGGACGCUUAAGAGUGUGUAUCUGAAAGCCAGCCAAUUCAGGCCUUGCUUCUUGUAAUCAUCAGAAUAGGAUUAGUUGCCUCAUUUUCUCAUCAA